GAUAAUAUGGAGAGCUGUUUGGUCGGUUCUUCUUCGUUUUUUCAGGAACGAUAGAGCAGAUUAACCCUAAUCAUAAUGUUUGUCGAUCGGCGAAACCGAGGUGCUGAUAUUUAUCUCAUAAAUUUCAGACAAAUAAGACAAAAUUUGACUUCGUUGAGUCCGAGCUCGAUGACGACGUAUUUGAUUUAUUCACCUUUAUCAACUGCCACUGCUUCUACCACAAAAUUUCACCCUUUGAUUGACUUCAGCAACAUUGAGUAUCUUUUUUCACUACUCGAAAUCAAGACUUCGGUUUUUGGGUUAUGGAAGAAUUCAGGCCUCUAUCACCGACUUCAAAGAGGAUGCAGCCACAAAAGUUUGACUCCGAGGGUCCAUAUCGGCUGCUUUAUUGUUCAAGUAAAGGGUAUAAAGCAGGGGUGUUACAGGAGCUAGAGAAAGGGGUUGAACCCAAUGUAGCUGACUAUGACAAGAGAACAGCUCUUCAUUUAGCGUCAAGUGAAGGACGGGCUGAAAUUGUUCUUUUACUUCUUGAGAGAAGAGCAGAUGUCAACUCUUUAGAUCGCUGGGGUCGCACUCCACUGUCAGAUGCCCGCAGCUUUGGUCAUGAGAUGAUUUGCAAGAUAUUGGAAGAUAGAGGUGGAAUAGAUCCGGUGGGGCUUGACUCCCAGAUUCCUUGCUAUGAAAUUGAUCACAAUGAAGUGGACAUGGAUGAAGCAAUACUUAUUGGACAAGGAGCGUAUGGUGAAGUUUAUCUCGUCAAGUGGCGUGGCACAGAAGUUGCUGCAAAAACUAUUCGGUCUUCCAUUGCAGCAAAUCCAAGGGUGAGGAGUUCUUUCCUGAAGGAAUUGUGUUUGUGGCAAACAUUGCGCCACCCUAAUAUAGUGCAGUUCCUUGGUGUCCUAAAGCAUUCUGAGCGCUUAAUCUUUCUUACAGAGUAUCUUCGCAAUGGAAGUUUGCAUGAUAUAUUAAAAAAGAGAGGAAGAAUAGAUCCACCAACAGCAGUUUCUUAUGCUUUAGAUAUUGCAAGAGGAAUGAACUAUCUCCAUCAGCAUAAACCACAUGCUAUAAUACACCGCGAUUUGACACCAAGCAAUGUGUUACUAGGUGAAGCAGGGCGCCUCAAGGUGACAGACUUUGGAUUAAGCAAAAUUGCACAAGAAAAAGAUUCAUAUGGUUACAAAAUGACUGGAGAAACUGGUUCUUAUCGUUACAUGGCACCUGAGGUUUAUCGUCGCGAAUCAUAUGGGAAGAGCGUUGAUGUGUUCUCCUUUGCAGUAAUUGUAUAUGAGAUGUUUCAAGGGGGACCAACUAAUAGGGCAGAAACUGGAAUACAGAUUGCUGAUAGGCGAGCUUAUGAAGAUUCCAGACCGCCUCUCUCAUCAACCUUGUACCCUGAACCAGUCAAGGAGCUUCUCCGGGAUUGCUGGCACAAGAAUCCAGAUUGUCGACCAACAUUUGAAGAAAUAAUCUCACGGCUUGAGACUAUCCAAGAAAGUUUGGAUAAGAAGAAAUCCAGGCCAUCAGGCUGUGAUUGUACCAUCUUAUAAGACAGAAUUGAAUAGCAAUUAGCAACAAUUGUAUUGUAUUGUAUGUCAUUCCUUGGCACAUGUAGUUUUCUUUCUCUAUUUUAACUUUUGUGGGAUUUAAGCUCUACCUACAGUGAACAAUAUCUUGGAGAAGAUCAAUCAUAAGUUUGUACAAAAAUAUGGAGAUUAAAUUGACAUCGGAACUACUUUUUUGUUGCUGGUUGA